AUGUCCCAAUCACCCAACGCAACCAUCCUCGGCACCAUCGGCACCGUCUUCUGGUGCAUCCAACUCAUCCCACAGAUAUGGUAUAAUUGGAGAAGAAAGAAAACGGAGGGAUUGCCUCCUGCCAUGGGGUUCUUAUGGGCGGUUUGCGCUGUGCCUAUGGGUGUUUAUUUAAUCCUUCAGGAUGUGAAUCUCCCCAUGCAAAUCCAACCGCAGAUCUUUGGGACUUUUUCGGCGGUGAUAUGGGCGCAGAUUUUGCAUUAUGAGUAUGACUAUAGCACACGCAAAGCUACAUUAGCUUGUCUUGGGUUGUUGGCUGUGAUGGGUGGGAUCGAGGUGCUGCUUGUUUUGACUUUGAGGAUCCCAUAUAACAAAGGUAUCACCUGGCCUGAUAUCCUCGUCGGGGCCAUUGCGACAGUUCUUCUGGCGGCCGGCAUGUUGCCGAUUUAUUUUGAAUUGUGGAAAAGAAACGGUCGGGUGAUUGGAAUUAAUUGGGUCUUUUUGUGUAUUGAUACACUUGGGGGAUUGUUUUCGCUGUUUGCACUAGUGGCGCAAGGGUCGUUUGAUAUUCUCGGAGGUGUCAUGUAUCUUGUAGUUGUGGGACUCGAGAUUGGCAUCUAUACUAGCCAUAUUAUAUGGCGGGUUCGGUUUCGCGAGGCAAGAAAAGAAGCCAAGCUCACAGGGAAACCCAUCGAGGAGGUGUUGAAGGGAUCUUGUCCGGCAUAA